AUGCAUUGCAUCAGAAAACGAUCCCUCGCUGCCGUUUUGUAUGAUUUGUGUAAAACCUCUCAGCAACGAAUCGAUGAAUCCAAGCAAAUUACUUCGAUAUCUCGAGACAAACCAUCAUCAACAAAAGAAUAA